AUGUCAACGACAUCAACAAAUUCUGUUAACAAUGAUCAAUCGUUAAUAUUUGAUCUUCAUAAUGAAUCAUCUCUGAGUUCAUGUUCAUCGUCGCCGCCAACGUCUGCAAAAAUGAUUCACCAUACACAUGAAAAUGAUUCUGGUUGUGCCAGUGACGAUGAUCCAACAUUAGCAUUAAAAAUCAAUAAAGGUCUUUCAAUGGGUUAUGAUUAUGAAUUAAUCAAAAGUGUUAUACAACAACAAAACAAUAGUGAUGAUAUGUCGAAAUUCAUCGAAACAAUUGUACGCACAGCUGAAGUCAAUAGCAAUUUAACUCCGACAACAACACCAACAUCAUCCGUACUUUCAUCAAAUAAAAUAUCUACAGCAACCAAUAGUGAUACUGAUAGUUCUGAUACAAGUAUUCCACAUGAUGUUUACAUAAUUGAUGGCAUUGAUCUUGCAUAUGGUUACAACAAUAAUAAUAAUAAUAAUUCGUUUUCAUGGCGUGGCAUUGAAAUUUGUUUAAAAUAUUUACACACACAUGGACAUAAGAAAGUCUUCGUUGUACUACCUUAUUCAUUAAAACAUCAUCGGCAUGAUCAAAAUUUUUCCGAAUCGAAAUCUUUACGUGAUCUUGAACGUAAAAAUCUUCUUGUUUAUACCAAUCGUAUGUCGAAACAAACAAAUAAGCCAAGUUCAUAUACGCAUAUAAGUGAAAUGUUGAAGUUUUCUCAAAAAAUUAAAGGGCAUUUAAUAACAAACGUUUCAUUGAAAGAUGUUAUAUUAGAUUUUACCAUUUAUAAACAAAUACUAGAAGAAAAAGUAAUAAGAUAUCGUUUUCAAAAUGAUAAUUUUCAACCAUUGUUAGUAACUAUCGUUAAUGAUGAUGAUGGAAAUGAUUGUGAAACACAUUUCCCAUUAUGUCCAUACGGAAAGAAAUGCACAUAUGGGAAUAAGUGUAAAUAUUUUCAUAUUGAACGUCGACAUCAAAAUCAAUUUUCAAUUUCGGAAAAUCUUCAAAUGAAAGCACGUGCAGAAAAAACGAAAAUUCAACAUCAUCUAUCAACGCCGGCUAUGAUGACUAAUAAUGGAUUUCAUCUUACAAAUUCAGGUCCAGAUCAUUUACACAUGUACUCGUCGCCAAUGAUGGAACAAAAUCUUGUUGACGAUGCCCGUAUGGCGUAUGACUAUGGGUUAACAUCGACACCGAUAUCAAAUGAAUUUUCAUUUGUUGAUCAACGUGUUUCACCGAUACGACAGACACCACAAAAUUGGUUUACGACGCCGACUCAACAAUAUCCAUAUAUGAAUAGGUCUUUUUCAAUGCCACAACAACAACCACAGCAACCAACAAAUGAACUUUCGGCAGCCAUGUUCAUGCAUCAACAAAAUUGGGCUCGACAACAAAUGUUUCCUAUGCAGCAACAACAACAACCACCGCAGCAAAUUGAACAGAAUGUUCUUCGAUUUUUAUCAAUGCUUUCUUUACAACAACGAAACAAUGUAAUCAGCAAUAACAACCUGAUGACAAGCCAUAUGCAACAACAACAACAACAACAACAACAACAACAACAACAACAGCAACAACAAGAAAAUCCUUACGAUCAAUCAUCUAUUGAUAGCCAACAAGGUUUAGCUGAUAAAAUUCAAGCUGUUCGCCAUCUUUGGGAAGCGGAAAAUAAAUCUACAAAUCCACCAUCAUUUGUUCAUGUUCAACAGCAAAUACCGGCUGUUGCAGAUUCAAAUAUCUACAAUCCAAUGAUGUCAACAUUUCAACAAUCGACACAAAAUUUUCUUCAUUAUAAUUAA